AUGACGAAUGUCGAGCUCACUCUUCCUGAUGAAAAGCCUAAACAGUCCAAAUGGAUGUUUGGCUCUGAUGAAUUCAAUCUCGAUGGCUACAUCCAAUUUCGGCCAAUAUACUCAGAAGCACUUUACACUGAGAUAUACCGCUACCACAAAGACCAAGAAGGUCAAUGGGACUUUGCACAUGAUGCCGGGACCGGACCUGGGAUCGUUGCGGAGGAGCUGGCCAAAAGAUUCACUGCGGUUGCAGCCAGUGAUCCAAGCACUUGGUAUCUGGCACAAGCCAAGCAACGGCUAUCCUCAAGCAGCAACAUAGGCACGAUUAUCUUUGGUUGCCAUCCCGCAGAAGACAUGUCUUGGCUUCCUGAAGCUAGCGUCGACAUGAUCACGAUUGCCGAGGCAAUCCAUUGGACUGAGCACGAAAAGGUUCUGAAGUCUGCUUCAGAGACACUGAAACCUGGUGGAACUCUCGCUAUUUGGAACUACGGUACACUCCCGUUCUUUGUUGAUUCAACUUGGCCUCAGGGCAUUCUUGAGAAAAUUCACGAACGGUGGUUGGAAAGAAUCAAGGCAACCGCAAAACCGGACCAGAUUAUUCGUAUCAAGAGAUCUGUCCAGAUGAGCCAAUCCCGUAUGGAUGUCAUUCAAUUUGAUGGAGAUGUAUGGAAAUCUGGAGUUCGACGAAUCCAUUGGAAUUCACAUCACCCACCGAUGGGUUUGUCUAAGGCAUUUGAGUACAAUGGAACUUUUCUCUCGCCAAAUUUGGAUGAUGUUGUGGAAAGGAGGGAGGAUAAGAUGCUUCUGAGCCAUUUUGCGGAUGCAAAUUGGAUACGUGGCUACAUGGAUUAUCUCUAUCCUGAUUUGCCGUCGGACUCUCUUACGGAAGACCUACUCGCAGAGUUAAACAAGGCCAUGAGGGAGACAGCUGAGAAGCCACAGUUAGCUUGGACAGUCUCAGUGAUACUCGCUUCAAAGUGUAUAAAGAUGGAGUAA